AUGGGGAAUAAACAUGAGGAGUUAAUGAUGUCUGUGAAGUUCCAGGCCUUUGACCCCAGUAGGAUGAUGGAGAUUUGGUGGGAUGGCCCCCAUGGCUGGAGUGUUGCCAUGGAGGGAUACAAGUUCCCUCAGGGAAGAUUAGGAGUUGCUCUUUAUAUGAGAGAGGACCUAGAGUACCUGAGAUUCUGCCCAGAGAUGGAUGAGGGGAUAACUGAGACCUUGUGGGUGAGGAUUAAAGAGAGAAUAAGUAAGGGUGACAUUGUAGUGGGCAUCUGCUAUAAACAACCUGACCAGGAAGAAGGAUUUCUUUGCACUGAGAAGACCAGAUGUUUCCAUGUCUGUGGGAGGAGCUGCACUGGCUUAACCAAGACCUUGCUGCUCCUUUACUUCAGCUAUGAACUCCUCGUCCGCUUCUUCGCCUGCCCCAGCAAGCCUGAGUUCUCCCGCAACAUCAUGAACAUCAUCGACAUCGUGGCCAUCAUCCCCUACUUCAUCACCCUGGGCACCGAGCUGGCCCAGCAGCAGCAGCAGAAGCAGCAGCCUGGGAGCAGCAGCAACAACGGGGGCCAGCAGCAAGCCAUGUCCCUGGCCAUCCUCAGAGUCAUCCGCCUGGUCAGGGUCUUCAGGAUCUUCAAGCUCUCCAGACACUCCAAGGGGCUGCAGAUCUUAGGGAAGACUCUCCAGGCCAGCAUGAGGGAGCUUGGCCUCCUCAUCUUCUUCCUCUUCAUCGGGGUGAUCCUCUUCUCCAGUGCUGUCUACUUUGCAGAGACUGAUGACCCCGACUCCCUGUUCACUAGCAUCCCUGAUGCUUUUUGGUGGGCAGUGGUGUCCAUGACCACUGUGGGCUAUGGGGACAUGUACCCCAUGACAAUCGGUGGCAAGAUUGUGGGGUCCUUGUGUGCCAUCGCGGGAGUUCUCACCAUUGCUCUUCCUGUCCCUGUCAUCGUGUCCAACUUCAACUACUUCUACCACCGAGAGACUGACCAUGAAGAGCAGUGCCAAUACACCCACGUCACCUGCGGCCAGCAGCAGUCACCCUUCUCUGAGCCCAAGAAGGGAGACAGUAACCAGUCUCUCAGCAAAUCUGAAUUCCUGGAAGCAGAAGACCUGGAGUCCAUGAAAUACUCCAACUUCAUUCCUCCCAACAGCCAGGGUUAUAAGGAGAAGAAAAUGCUGACAGAGGUGUGAGCAGUCCUGGUUCCAAGCACAGAGCUGCAAGCUGCUGCACAGCCGUCUUCCUGCUAGCAGCUGGAUCUGUUCAACAUUGAUGUGCCACACUGUGAAUCGUGAUAUCGUAAACAGAAUGAUGGUGAUUGUGGGCUCUUCUGUCCAUUUGAUGAUUUGCUGUUUCUCAUGACCAUAUGCAGCCAGAAAUGUUCUUGC